AAGGAUAGAGGAAACCAAGAAAGGAAGGUAUUUAAUGGGAUGAAAUUAAUUGUUGAGAUUCGAUUUCGUUUAGCCGAAUAAAAUUUGUCUAGCUGUGUACGAUGGCUGUAUAAAGGCACCAACCCACGUUUUCAGUUUUCCGUGGAAAAUUUCCCGAAACGCGUUUUUCUCGGUGACUAUGGCUACUGAUUCGGACGAUGAUCCGCCGUAUCGUUCGGAGAUGAAGUUCCUCGACCUUCCCGAUUGUAUGAUAGAACAAAUCCUGGAGUUUCUACCCUACGACGAAAUUGCCAAGAAACGCAUCGUUUGCCGAACAAUGGAUCGUAUCUGCCAGUCGCUGCUGAACCGUGGUUUCAACAAAAUGGUGCGACGACACAACCAGCAUCUGAAAACGAUCAAGUCGCAGCUACCCAGAAGGGAAUCGGAACGGCGGAACCAUCCUCUGGCCAAGCACUCGGAUAUACUCACCUGUAUCGAGACGCGCAUCUCGAUGCUGUCCAUGACGUACGCGAAGUAUAUCGACAAGGAUCUGUGCUGUUUUAUCCCAGGCAAGGUGAUCGACGAGGUGCUGACCAUACUGCGGCUGAUUGAGAACACUACGCGGCCACUGCGUGCUCACGAAAUUCUACAGGAGCUGCGGGACAUCUCGUCAAUGGCAAUUGAACACUUUGACGAGAAUAUUGCGCAUCGGUUAAAGAAGUACGUCGACGUGCCCUUCCCUCAUCAUCAUCACCAUCCGGUGGCGAGCAUACAAGGCCCAAGCACAAAUCCCUUUCCAUCCGCCGUACUGCUGCACAACGAUGUGUUCAUCCCGUGCGAUAUCAUACCGAAUCUGCCACCAAGCACGGCGACCACGCAACCCGUUCCGCGACAAUUGCCAUCUUCGUCGAACACAGUAAAUGCAAGAGUAAGCAAUCACGGCUUUUAUCGACCCACAUGUGCUGCCGGCCGUUUCAACCAUUCGUUGCUCACGCGGAUGGAUAAGAAGGCGCAGAGAAUGCGGAACGAUAUUACCAACAUUAACCGUACGUUGGCCAACUACAGAGUAGAGACACGCAGCAUGCGGCUCAUGUUGAAAAGAAUGCUCACCGAGAUGAAGGAACUGCGGCGACGGUUGGAAGAAUCGGAAACGAAAAACCGGGAGCUACUGGCCAACAUUCACCAAAUUAGCUUCGGUGCACCGUCGGCUGCAACUGCAGCAGCCGCGGCGGUUGUCAGUCCACCAGCGACGAUCAAACAAUGCAGCUUAAAGGCUCGUCAGUCAGCUAUCCUUAAACGAGCGUUACCCGUUUCAGAAACCGAACCCCACACACAGGGACCGGUACCAUCUGUGCCAUUGUCGUUGGGAACACCAACAACGGUUAAUGUCGAGUCAUCUCCGGAGGCUGUGGCAAUGGGGGGAACCACCGCGAAAAAAGCCAAACUUAGUGAUUAGAACGACGUGUCCACAUCGCCUCACUGCGAAUAUCGGUUCGGUCCACUCAUCCAAACUCUCUAUCAAUUCGAUGGGAUCCUACGAAAACGGCAAGCGAUCUGUGGAGAGAAUUGUACGCUGCAAUAUGUAUACUAACGGUAGUGUUUAAGGUAAACUUGCGAAGAUACCUCGGACCGGUGCACUUGAAGGUCAUGAGUAGCGUUGAAGGGCAGGCAGCUAGGUAGCGUUUUUCUAUAGCGCAUUGUAAAGCAAUUCGAUGAAACACAAUCUCUCUUUGAGCCUCCUCCACCAGUAGGAUAUACGCAUGAAUACUCGAAUUUAAUGCUGAAUGGGUUUGCAUGGCGAUUGCUGUAAAUUUGGCUUGUAAACUUUAGAAAUAAACCUGAAACGUGAAUGUGGGGUGAAUAAAACACAAUAAACCAGAAUGAAUGAAUGAGUAAAUCUCAGUCCAAGCUUAA